AUGCCUCCGAAAGCUCCUUCUCUGCCAGGACUACCGGAUGACUACACCCCUCGCCUCGUCAUAGGCGAUCUCGUCACUCGACCAGGAGAACCUUCUUUUCGCGCUCAUGUACUGCGAUGCUGGGCAGAUGAAGAAGACGAUGAUCUCACUGACACUGACGACGAUUCUCCGCUGAACAAACCUUUGUUACGUGGGGAAGUUGGUAUAGUUGAAGUCAGAGGCACUCGACGUUCCAUCGUACCCGAAUCAACACUCGAGCUCAUUCAUCGUGAAUUUUCCGUGGGAGACGUGGUCAAACGAUCUUUGCUCGAUACGAAAAGUGGCGUGAUCCUCGCUACCAAAUCUCAAAUUCAGUUGGAACAUGCUAUCUCGCAUCAGAGAUUAGACGGUUGGAUUCCCGCCAGUAAGGUAAUCGUCGCCGUACAGAUAGAGAAGAAGGAUAAGGUGGUACAUGGACCUUGGAUCGGGAUUGUCGAUGAUGUAUAUGAACAUGCCUUGGUAGAAACCCCAACACGCUCACGCAAGGCAAUCAAACCUGAUGAUACUCUUGAUUACGGAUAUCCCCUCGUCGAGCAUACGUGUGAAGCGUCUAAAUGCACGCAUACCGACAAGAGGUUCUUUGAAGCUUGUAACACUACCGUCAUUGAUUUCUGGCCUUUGGGGAUAUCAGUUUCAUGGAUAGCUAUCAACCAAGAGCUGUCGCCUGCCGAACAGGAUAAACACCCUGAACCUGACAGACACUGGUAUGGGCCGGAUAUGAAAUAUCUUACGCAUAUUCCGCCUUUCCGUACUGUCAUACCUAUGGACAUAUGUGUAGAAUUCUUAGAUGAAAAAGAUGAUGCCAAAUAUGGCCUUAUUCGUACCGUUCAUGAUAACGGCACACACUCGGCCCGCGUCAUGAGAGUCAUGGCUUGUCGAACUACCUUGACUGUAAAAUGGCAAACUGGUGAAGAGACGGAAGAAUCUCAUUUAGAAUUGGUUCCUUAUCGCAAUGUCGACGACUACGAGAGUUGGCCCGGUGAAUGGAUCGUAUGGAAAGGUGAUAACGGAGAAAGACGUCCUGCCGUUGUUCAAACUUUUGAUCCUGACAAUCGAGUGGCCAAUAUCCUCUUCACCGAUGUGACUCCUAACGAAACUCAAACCGUUCCCGUUCUUGAACUCGAUACCGGUGGUCCUGGCGAAGAUCACUAUGGUGUCUCAUUAGGUCAAUGGGUAUUGUUCACCCCCGAUAAUCACUCUCCCUUACCUGAAGUUCCAACGAUAGGACGACCACCUUUUCCAGACGAUUCCAUGGAAGUGGAGAAACACAGGGCAAUGGUCACCAUGAUGAUACAGGCUUUUGAUAUUCGUUUCGAACCCCCUCUGGGUGACUCGACCAGAAUCUUGUGGUGUGGAGUAGUUUCAUCACUCCAUUUGGAUGGUACAGUCUCUGUUCAUUUACCCAAUGGACAAGAGAGAAGGGUAGGAUUGAAGAAUCUGGUAGUAUUAAAUGAUAUGACAGGAUCUGAUGAUUGGUUUGAAAUGUUUGAUCCGUUUGAAGGUAUGAGCGAGGAUGAUUCGGAUGAUAAAAGUGAUAAAAGUUGGGAAACUGUAAGCGAAGAUGUCAUCUCUCCUCAAGACAUUAUUGAGGUGGACGUUGAUGUGAAGAUGGAAGAAGUCAAGGAGGUGGAAGAAAAGGUGAAAGAGGAGAAAAUGGAAGACACCAAGGAGGUGGAGGGGAGAAUGAAAGAGGAGAAAAUGGAAGAAGAUGUGAAAGAUGAGAAGGAUGUUGAGGCUACGUAUCCCGCUGCGGGAGAUGGUCAAGUUGUCGAAGAUACGAAACCCCAAGCAGGUCCAUCGACUUCGAAGAAGGAGAAUUCACUGGACGAUCAAGGCAUGGAUCAAGUUUGGAAAGGUUUCGAAAUGCUCGAACAGGCACCAGAAGAUCAUCACUAUUUCAAUGAAUCGAGGAGAGAAGCGACUUACAAGACUUAUCGUUCGAGGUUGCAGAAAGAACAUCGGACAUUGAUGACGUCUUUGCCAGAUAACAUCCUCGUCAGGACAUACGAAGACCGAACUGAUCUCAUGAGGGUUCUCAUCAUUGGUCCAGAAGGAACUCCCUACGCUGACGCACCUUUCUUCUUUGACGUCUUUCUGAACCCAUUUACAUUCCCUAACCAACCUCCUGCUGUCUUUUUCCACUCACAUACCAAUGGACAUGGGAGAUGUAAUCCUAAUCUGUACGAGGAAGGUAAAGUGUGUUUGUCAAUAUUGGGUACUUGGUCUGGGGACAAGUCAGAGUCAUGGAGUCCAUCUAAAUCUUCCCUUCUUCAAGUAUUCGUAUCCAUCUCCGGACUAGUCCUCGUUCGUCAUCCUUAUCACUGUGAACCGGCAUUUGCCAAACUCGAAGGAACUCGAGAAGGCGCUCUCAACUCUCGUCUAUACUCUGAAAAAGCAUAUGUGUUAUCACGUUCGUUCGUCCGUGCAGCCCUUACUUCCCCUCCUACGGGAUUCGAGAAGGAGUUGAAGUAUUAUUAUUUUGAACGGGGUAGAUUGAAGAGUGUGAUCGAUCAUGCUACGGCGUUGAUGGAGAAAAGUACAAAUGGUGAAAAAGAAAGAAAGGAGGAAAUGUGGAAUGAUGAUGUUAUUGGAGGAUUAACACAAGGUGCUAUUAUGACACUUGGUGUGAGUGGUGUGAAUUUGACAUACCUCACCUUCUAUAUGACCUCCUUUUUAUCACGAUCAUAA